AUUCAUCUCGGUUCCCCUGCCCCUGCCUCUGCCCCCAAUUUAUUUUUAUUUAUCCACCAUUCCUUCCUCUGUUAACAGAGGAAGUGAAGGGAUAUUAAAAAGAAAAGAGAGGAAUCAGAAUAACUUGGUGUGGUGUGGGGGUGUUCAAUGAGAAGCAUAGAAACUCAUUAAUGGGGGCUUCAGAGGGAAACGGCGACGUUUUACCAUGGCUGAAAUCACUACCGGUGGCUCCGGAGUACAGGCCAAGCGUGGCCGAGUUCAGAGAUCCAAUUGGCUACAUAUUCAAGAUAGAGAAGGAAGCUUCCAAGUACGGAAUCUGCAAAAUCAUCCCACCCUUCCCACCUUCCCCAAAGAAAACCGCCAUCGCCAACCUCAACCGGUCGCUGGCGGUUACAGGUUCCACAUUCACCACUCGCCAACAGCAGAUCGGGUUUUGCCCCCGCAAAGCCCGGCCCGUUCGGCGGUCUGUUUGGCAGAGCGGUGAUCAUUACACCUUCCACGAGUUCGAGUCCAAGGCAAAGUCCUUCGAGAAAAAUUACCUCAAACGCCACACCAAGAAGGGCCCGGGCCCAGGCCCACUGGAAACCGAGACGCUCUUCUGGAAGGCCACGCUGGACAAACCCUUCUCCGUGGAGUACGCCAACGACAUGCCCGGUUCUGCGUUCUCCCCGAAAUGCUGCGAAGCAGGGGAUCCUGGCUCCUCUCUGGCUGACACUCCAUGGAACAUGAGAGAGGUUUCAAGGGCGAAUGGUUCACUCUUACGGUUCAUGAAGGAGGAGAUUCCGGGCGUUACUUCUCCUAUGGUGUAUGUGGCCAUGCUUUUCAGCUGGUUUGCUUGGCACGUGGAGGACCACGACUUGCACAGCUUGAAUUACCUCCACAUGGGCGCCGGCAAGACCUGGUACGGAGUUCCUCGUGAUGCCGCCGUUGCAUUUGAGGAAGUAGUUAGGGUUCAUGGCUAUGGUGGAGAGAUAAACCCUCUUGUUACUUUUGCUAUUCUUGGUGAGAAAACAACAGUGAUGUCGCCUGAAGUGUUUAUUAGAGCAGGUGUUCCAUGCUGCAGGUUGGUACAAAAUGCUGGGGAAUUUGUUGUGACGUUUCCUAGAGCCUAUCACACUGGGUUUAGUCAUGGUUUUAAUUGCGGAGAGGCAGCAAACAUUGCAACACCUGAGUGGUUGAGGGUUGCAAAAGAUGCUGCUAUUCGGAGGGCUUCAAUAAAUUAUCCUCCCAUGGUUUCCCAUUUCCAGUUACUUUAUGACCUUGCCUUAGCUUUGUGUUCUAGAAUCCCUACAAGCAUCAAUGCUGAACCUCGUAGUUCUCGUCUUAAAGAUAAGAAGAAGGGUGAAGGAGAAACUGUUAUUAAAGAACUUUUUGUCCAGGAUGUGUUACAGAGCAAUGAUUUGCUUCAUAUACUUGGGAAAGAAUCUGCUGUAGUACUUCUUCCUCGUAGCUCAGUUGACAUUUCUGUUUGCUCAAAAUUACGAGUUGGAUCCCAACAAUCCAUCAAUGUAAGCAAUUCUGAGGGAAUGAAUUCCUCGAAAGGUUUUGUUUCAGAUGAUCUGGUAUUCAACAGGAGUCAUGGAAUCAAGCAAGAAAAAAUAUUCUAUUCUGUGAAAGACAAGUUUACUACAUUGUGUGAAAGGAACAGGAUUUCCUCUUUUGAUGUAAAUGGUAACAUAUGCACUUCAAGUUCUAAGCCACUUCAAAGAAACACUGGCAGAGAAACUAGUCAAGGAGAUGGGUUGUCAGAUCAGAGACUAUUUUCAUGCGUUACAUGUGGAAUAUUAAGCUUUUCCUGUGUUGCUAUUGUACAGCCAAAAGAACCUGCAGCUAGAUAUCUUAUGUCAGCUGAUUGUAGCUUCUUUAAUGAUUGGGUUGUUGGAUCUGGAGUAUCUUGUAGUAAAUUUGCUUUUUCCCAUGAAGACAAAACUAUACCUGAGCCAAAUACGUAUACAGGUUGGAUGAAAAAAAAUGACCAAGAUGGUUUUGAUGACUUUCCUGUUCAAUCUGGUCAGGAUGCUUUAAGUACUGAAAGAGAGAGAGGCAAUACAGCUCUUGCAUUAUUGGCUUCAGCAUAUGGAAAUUCUGACUCUGAGGAAGAUCAGGGUGACCCAGAUAUUGCAGUUGACAGUCAUGAAUCAAAUGUGAUAAACUCAAAUUCAGGAAGAUUACUUUCUCUUACUCCAGAUUUCCAUGCUAGUCCCAUGACUGCACUUGAUAGGGUAGAUGAUAUUCCUUCAAAGAGUGUCAAUUAUGAGGAUCAUAUGCAUCACAGAUUUGAGUGUAAUUUGAGUCAUGAGUCUUUUGACCACUCUUCCAAGAAACAAGAUUAUGAUGUCACUUCAGGAUUUACAUUUAAAAAUACGAGGACAGUGCCUAAUUCCACCUCUAACUGUUCCCAAGAUUCUCAUGAUGCUGAAAGGUCAUUGUCUGUCAACCCUGUAGUUCCCAUUGAUAAUAAAAAUGUUUCGUUGGUACCAAAAUCUGAUGAAGACUCGACUAGAAUGCAUAUUUUUUGUCUAGAGCAUGCUGUGGAAGCAGAGCUGCAACUUCGCCCAAUAGGUGGAGCCCACAUAUUGCUGCUUUGUCAUCCAGAUUAUCCAAAAAUAGAGGCUGAGGCAAAAUUGGUGGGAGAAGAUUUGGGGAUUGAUUACACAUGGAAGAAUAUUGCAUACAGGCAUGCCACCAAGGAGGAUGAGGAGAGGAUCCAGUCAGCUCUGGAUAGUGAGGAAGCUAUUCCUGGAAAUGGGGACUGGGCUGUAAAGCUAGGAAUCAAUCUCUUUUAUAGUGCAAAUCUUAGCCGCUCUCCUCUUUAUAGUAAGCAGAUGCCUUACAAUUCUGUAAUAUACUAUGCAUUUGGUCGUAGCUCUCCAACAAGCUCACCCAUUGAACCAAAGGUCUAUCAGAGAAGGUCCAGCAAGCAGAAAAAGGUAGUUGCUGGGAAAUGGUGUGGUAAAGUUUGGAUGUCCAAUCAGAUUCAUCCCCUUUUAGCAAAAAAAGAUUCUGAUGAUUUUGAGGAUGAGAAAAGAUUACAUGGAUGGAUAUUACCUGAUGAGAAAAUUGAAAGACCAGAAAGUAACCCCAAAAGUGAAACUACUAGCAGAAAAUCUGGUAGGAAAAGGAAAAUAACAGGGGAAAGUGCACGGACCAGGAAAGGAAGUCUUGCCAAGAAAAAUAUAGCUUCAGAUAAUUCCACUGAAGAUAAACCCAACUCUCAGCCAAGGAGGAUUCUUAGAAGUAAGAAAAGCAGGUGUGUUGAGAGAGAUCGUGCUGCUUUGGAAGUGGGUUAUGCUCCUCCACAUCAUCGUAGAAAACCUAUAAGGAAGCAAACAAAGUGCAGUGAAAGUGAUGCAGCUUCUUAUGAUUCACUUAAUGAUAAUGAUCAUAUGCAGCAUUGGAGAAAUGAUAUUGUUGGAAAAACUAAAUUUAUUGACAAUGAUGUAGUUUCAAAUGAUACAGUGAACUAUGAUUCUGACUGGCAGCAGAUGGGAGAACUUAGCCGCAAGCAAGUUGAAGACACAGACAGAGAUGCAAUUUCAGAGGAUUCUUUGGGUGUUGGUUCUCUUCAGCUGCGUAGGAAGACUUCUAAAGGCAAGCAUGCCAAAAACAUUGGUCAAGAAGAUAUAAUUUCUGAUGACCAAAUGGAGAAUCUUUCUCAAAAGGGGAAAAGGAAAAUUCCUAAAAGCAGGCAUGACAAAUAUCUAGCUGGAAAAGAUGUAAUGAUAUCUGAUGACCAACUGGAGCUGAAAAUGCAGAAGCAGCAACAAAGGAAUCCUAAAAGCAGACAAGCCAAAUACCUUGCUGAAGAGGAUAUUGUAUCAGAUGACCAACUGGAGGGCUAUUAUCGGAAAUAUCAAAGAAGGGCUCCUAAAGGCAAGCAGGCGAAAUGUGUAGCAGGGGAAGAUGAAAUGUCUGAUGACCAAUCAGAAGAUAACUGUCAGAGGCAGCAAACCAGUUUUUCUGGGAAAAGACAAUAUAAAGGCAUUGACAGAGAAGUUAAAAAUGUGAUUUCUGAUGACCAAUUGUUGGAUCAUUUUCAGAAGCAGCAGAGAAAAUUUUCCAAGAGCAGGCAAAACAAACACAUUAAUGAAGAAGUUAUGGAUGACUCAGCUGACAAUAAUUCUCAUCUGCUGCGUAGAACUCCUAAAAGGAGGCAAGCUAAAUGCAUGGACGAAGAUGAUAUAAAUUCAGAUGAUGAAAUGGAAGAUGAUUCUCAUCAGCCGCCAAUGAGAGCUCUUCGAAGUAAACAAUCCAAAGCAAAGACACUUCAACAGAUGAAACAAGCUAAAUCCAUCCAAGUGAAAAACCGGACAUCUCGGCGGGGGGCUCGGGUGCUUAUGAAAUCAAAGGCUCCUCAGCAAAUAAAACAGCCUUCUCAUUUGCAGAACAAGCAAUCUAGUAACUCCAGAGAAUUUAGUUUAUAUAUGGAAGAGGAGGAGGAAGGUGGACCUAGCACACGCCUUAGGAAGAGAUCAGCAAAAGCUCAGGAGUCUGAAGGAAAAGUAAAAGACAAGCAAACCAAAAGGAAAAGGGUGAAGAAUGCCACAGCUGCUGCAAAGGUUUCAGCUGGGCAUGCCAAAGUGAAGGAUGAGGAAGCAGAAUACCAGUGUGACAUUGAGGGGUGCACUAUGAGUUUUGGGUCAAAACAGGAGCUGGUGCAUCAUAAGAGAAAUAUCUGUCCUGUUAAAGGGUGUGGGAAGAAGUUUUUCUCACACAAGUAUCUAGUGCAGCACCGCCGGGUUCAUGAGGAUGACCGUCCCUUGAAGUGCCCUUGGAAGGGGUGCAAAAUGACUUUCAAGUGGGCAUGGGCUCGUACAGAGCACAUUCGAGUCCACACUGGUGCACGGCCUUAUGUAUGUGCUGAGCCAGGUUGUGGUCAAACAUUCAGAUUUGUGUCUGAUUUCAGUCGUCAUAAGCGAAAGACUGGUCAUUCAGCAAAGAAGAGUCGUCAAUAGCAAGUGGAAUAGAUGUUUAAUUGUUACCUAACAUGGCUUUUUAUGAAUUUAUGAAUCCAUUGCUCAAUUGACCGGGUUAGGUCUAGGCUUUUUUAGUAACAGUUUAGGAUAUCCUUGCAAUUGCCAUUUGUAGUUACUAUUAAUUCUGUUUGCAUAGGGUCUUCAACCCAUUUGUUCAUUACAAUUAAAGCAAUUGCUUGGAUCUGGAAACAUGAUUCUCAUCCAAUUCAUAUCACAUGCCAAUGUUGUUCCAACUUUAUGUUUUAUCAAUCGUGAUUAUUUAAUUGCAGUGCCGAUCUCAACUGCUUGGUAC